AUGAAGUCUAUUUCGUUUGCCACCGUUGUUUUUUGUGCCUUAACAAUCGCACAGACUAGGUCUUCGGAAAUCCUGGUCAUAUUCCCGACGACCGCCCAGAGCCAUUACCGAGUCGUCCGACCACUAAUCCACAGCUUAUUGGACCGCGGACACAAAAUAUUAGCCAUCACGAAUUUUCCGGAUGCUGCGGAAAGAGCCAAUUUAUCACACAUCGACAUUUCCGGGUUAAAACCACACUCGAAAUUCAAAACCAACAACAAUGGAAUAAUUAACACAAUGAAGCGCGUAAUCACAAACUUCAACACAUACGCGACUAUUCUCAAUCAUCCGACGGUUGCGAAACUCCUAGAGUCUCGUCAAAAAUUCGACUUGGUGAUUGCUGAAUUUUUUACAUCUACACCAAUAUUUGCACCGAUCGCCACAGUUGUGGACGCACCGAUUGUUGGAUUUUGUCCAAUGAUUACAUUUCCGUGGAUAAACGAGGUGAUGGGAAUGGAGACGACCAUGUCUUAUAUGCCUAGUCUUCUCAGUAACUCAACGGACAGUAUGCCAUUUUUCCAGCGAAUAGUUCGACAAAUUAAUAAAAAUCAUUACGGGAUACAAACGGAAUCAGUAAUAAAAACGAUGGCUAACUUAAGCAUGAUUAUGACAAACAAUUAUCAUAGCAUGUUUUUACCCUUUCCCAAACUGCCCGGAAUCAUUGAGGUCGGUGGUAUUCAUGUAGUCGACCCAAAACCUGUUCCUCAAGACUUGAACGAUUUCAUAAAUGGUGCCGAACAUGGUGUGAUCUUAUUCAGCUUGGGCUCUGUCGUGUCGGAAGAAUCGUUGGGCGCUGAUAAACUGAAUAACAUACUCGAUGCAUUUUUGAGACUUAAACAAAGAGUCAUAAUGAAGUUUGAUGCUGACAAAUACAAAAUACAGUUACCAGUGAAUGUAAAAGUAGUUAAAUGGUUUCCACAGCGAGAUCUACUAGCACACCCAAAGGUAUUACUAUUUAUAUCACAUGCUGGUAUGAUGAGCACAAUCGAAACAAUACACUGUGGUAAACCGAUGGUAGCUAUACCGAUAUUCGGCGAUCAAAUAUUUAAUACCAAAUUGUUGGUUGAAAAACAAGUGGCUGUCGCUAUAGAAUACAAACAUUUAGAGAGUGACCAGCUUUUCGAUGCUAUUAAUGAAGCAUUGACCGAGAAAUAUGCGAUUAAAGCGAAAAGACUGCAACAGUUAUAUAAUGAUCGACCACAUUCACCUCUUGAAACAGCAGUUUACUGGACCGAGUAUGUAAUAAGAAAUAAAAACGAAUCGAAAGAACUAUUAAAAAGUCAAAAGGUUCACUUAAAUUUUUAUCAAUCGAAUUUAAUUGAUAUAUCUGCUGCUUUUCUCAUCCCACUUAUUAUGACGAUAUAUAUUAUACAAUGGACAAUGAAACGUCUAAGGAAGCAUUAA